UUUGCAUGUCAUGAAUAUCUUCAUCUCACUCUAAGGAUCAGAGGCUGCGUUUAAACAGGCAUCCCAAUUCUGAUCUUUUGCCCAAUUAUGGGAAAAAGAGCUGAUCUGAUUGGUCGAAAGACCAAUUUGUGGCAAAAAAACGAUCAGAAUUGGGCUGCAUGUGUAAACGCAGGCAGGGAGCAAGUGCGACUACAUUAUUAACUUUCCCUUCUCUUCAAAGGUCACCUCAAUCUUCACCUUCUAUAAACUACCUUUAUAGAUCUGGCUCAUUAUGGUGAAGAGGCGUGCGUUCCCUCUACUGAUAGCUUCUGCUCUGGCAGUCAUGGUCUACGUCAUCUUCACAUUGCCCAGGUCACAGCCAGGCAACCACCAGCACCUCUAUCCGCACCACAUCUCUGACCAGUCCAUCACGCCCGUCAACGACACCAAACACUUCAUGGUGGGGGCCUACAAGGAACAUCGUGUGGAGGGAAGCUCCGUACGCAUCAUCAGUAUCUUCAGACGAGACUCAGUCCAGCCUCUGUACUGUGUGUUCUACUGUGGGACUCACUGGGCUAAUGGAAUGAAGGCUGAAGUCCAGAUGCACUCGGAUCACUUUGGUUUCCGCUUCGUGACGACCGACGUCCUUUGUCCGAAUCGUCCCGACUGCAACCCGUCACACGUGACCCUCGCCACACAAGCUGACGCCAAGCUCGCUCAGAAGCAAACCUUCCUCCGCAUCCAGAACCUUGUGAAAAGGGAGGAAGAGGAGUUUCAGUUCAACUUCACUGUCUGUUGGUCCAAUUUAUUUGGCGAUUAUAACAACGUGCUUCAGGUCACCCAGACUCUGGAGAUGUACAAGUUGUUGGGAGUGCAGCAUGUUGUGGUGUAUAACACCAGCUGUGGAUCAGAGCUGGAUAGACUGCUACAGAUUUACACACACGACGGCUUUGUGGAGGUGGUGCCCUGGCCUAUCGAUAAAUACAUGAACCCGUCCCGCGGGUGGCAGCCCAGUGAACAUGGAGGGGACAUCCACUACUAUGGCCAGUUGACCACUCUGAAUGACUGUGUCUACAGACACAUGUAUCAGUCACGCUAUGUACUGCUGAACGACAUAGAUGAGAUUAUAGCUCCGUACCAGCAUCAAACCCUGCCCCAGAUGAUGGAUGUACUUCAGAGGCAAAACCAAAAGGCCGAAGUGUUCCUCAUAGAGAACCACAUCUUCCCUAAGUCCCAGUUUGAGCCCAGUGGAAGGUUUGAACGGCCCCGAUGGAGAAAUGUUCCAGGGAUCAACAUCAUGGAGCACAUCUACAGAGAGGAGCCAGACUAUCGCAUCUCCCACCCCUCCAAGAUGAUAGUACGGCCCAGGGCAGUGGAGCAGACGUCGGUCCACUCUGUGCUGCGUAACUUCGGGCAGACGGUGAAGGUUCUUCCUAACAUGUGUCGUAUCAUCCAUGUCAGAGUUCCCCUACGACAAGGACUGACCAAGGAGGAGCUGCAUGAAGACAAGAGAGUCUGGGACUACGAGAGACAACUAGUGCCUAAUGUAGAUAAAGCACUGGAGCAAGCAGGACUACUAAUCGAAGGAAGGAGGAAGGAGUAGUCAGAGAUGGAAGCGAGACAUCCACUCACAAUUUUUUUUUCUGGUUCAUAUACAAUCAAUGAACUCAGCAGACAAGACCCAGCUGCUAUCACAUUGGUGCCUAUGGGACCAAUGUCACCGAUUGCAGUUUAAACUACCAAAGUCCAGCAAUGGCUGAAGAAUUGUAAUAUUUACCUGGAGCUAACUCUGCAGAUAGCACUGUUCGGUGAUUUUAAAAAGUCCUAGUCAAUCAAUGAAUAAUAAAACUUCCAGCAAAAGAUUUUAACUUUCAUUUACAAUCUGUAGAAACUAUGAGAAUAGAACGGUUCAGAACCUUUGUAAAAUAUCACAGCACAGUUGAAAAAUAUGGCAAGUGGAAAUCCAAUAUGGAUGGUGUUAAAAGAUAGAUGGGAGGAGUUAAGUGGAGCUGAAGGGUGGGACUAAUAACAAGACAACUAAUGUAAAAUAUACUGUGUCUGUAAAAUGUAUAUAGGUUCAGAACUUUUGUGGAACAGUAGAGUUAAAAAAAUAUAUGGCAAAUAGAAAUCAAACAGGAUGGUAUUCAGAAAUACAGUUGAAGUUUACAUACACCUUAGCCAAAUACAUUUAAACUCUGUUUUUCACAAUUCCUGACAUUUAAUCCUCGUAAAAAUGAUUCCCUGUCUUAGGUCAGUUAGGAUCACCACUUUAUUUUAAGAAUGUGAAAUGUCAGAAUACUAGUAGAGAAUUAUUUACGUGAGCUUUUAUUUCUUUCAUCACAUUCCCAGUGGGUCAGAAGUUUACAUACACUCAAUUAGUAUUUGGUAGCAUUGCCUUUAAAUUGUUUAACUUGGGUCAAACUUUUCGGGUAGCCUUCCACAAGCUUCCCACAAUAAGUUGGGUGAAUUGUGGCCCAUUCCUCUUGACAGUGCUGGUGUAACUGAGUCAGGUUUGUAGGAAUCGUUGCUCGCAAAGGCUUUUUCAGUUCUGCCCACACAUUUUCUAUAGGAUUGAGGUCAGGGCUUUGUGAUGGCCACUCCAAUACCUUGACUUUGUUGUCCUUAAGCCAUUUUGCCACAACUUUGGAAAUAUGCUUGGGGUCAUUGUCCAUUUGGAAGACCCAUUUGCGACCAAGCUUUAACUUCCUGACUGAUGUCUUGAUGUUUCUUCAAUAUAUCCACAUAAGUCCUUCCUCAUGAUGCUAUUUAUUUUAUGAAGUACACCAGUUCCUCCUGCUGCAAAGCACCCCCACAGCAUGAUGCUGCCACACCCGUGCUUCACGGUUGGGAUGGUGUUCUUCGGCUUGCAAGCCUCCCCGUUUCCUCCAAACAUAACGAUGGUCAUUAUGGCCAAACAGUUCUAUUUUUGUUUCAUCAUUUACAUCUAUAUUUAAGUCAUUUAGCAGACGCUCUUAUCCAGAGCGACUUACAAAUUGGUGCAUUCACCUUAUGACAU